CUUGAUCAAUGGCAACAAAAUGUCGCGGGGAUGCACCCCGAGAAACCUGCCGUCUUGCACGAACAAGUGUCGCCAAAGUGGGGGUGUACGAGGAUAUGUAGAUUUGAGACAGACUGUCUCUCUUCUUCUGGUAUUUAAUUUAUCAUUCUUACAUUAUGGCCUGACUCCCACCUUAAGAGUAGUAGCGCCUCGCUAUUUGCAUGUCAUCGCAGGUGUCAAGGUCAUGGUUGCACAACGCAGCCACCCAUAUACAAAAUGGACCCCUUCCGGCAUUGCAUUUUCUAUUGGCUUUCUCAACCCGCCUUCUUUUUCUUUAGCACUCUGACCGGCGGGAUCAUCGAAUUUAUGUAUCACAAGCGCGUUGCAAAAUCCGGAGGCGCGGAUAUCAGAUUGAUCGUGAUCGCAAG